AUGGCCACAGAGAAAGUCCAUGAAGUCUCUGAUGCUACGCCCCCACAGGUACGCCUUCGAAUUCAAGGUCUGCGGCCAAAGUCUCAGGACAAGAUAUGUCAAAGCCUCGGGGAAUCGAAGAAUGGAACUUCUCACGGAGAUAUGACUGGAGAUUGUGUUGCGGUGAUCGAGACAUCAGAAGAAACCAUUUGCUUGCCUGGCGAUCUGCCAGUUUCAGCGCUAUGGGACAAGUUACGAGAGCUCGGAUACUAUGGUCCCGAUUCAAUCUCUUGCAACGGGGAUGUGUGGAAGCCUGGCUGCUCCAAGCCGCAAGUCCUGGAAUUCGACCAAAUUAAAGUGGUCCAAGACCACUUUUCCAGCACCAGCGAAUGCAUUCAUCUUGACGAGAGACUCAUUGACUACACCAACCGAUUUUUUGGGAGGCAGAUCCAACUUAACAUAGAUGAAAACGAUUCGAACGAUUACGGCGUCAAGAUCAACAACCUAAAGGAUACGCGUGGCUUGAAGAUCAUAUUUCAUCGAACAGUGCGGAUGCCAGAUGAUGACAGGAUCCACCAGCUACCUGGCUCUCUUGGAGCUUUCCCCCUUCACAGUGUUGCAGAAUAUUCCGACAGGUUGCCCGAUGCGAUUGUGCAGGAGGGUGGUGUUUUCAUGCCGAUGUGGCAACGAGAGGCACUUUGGAUGAGCCUCGAAGCACCAUACGGCACAUAUUAUGCAUUAAGAUUCUUUGUGGGGCGUAUUAAUGCUGUCUCUGGUCUUGAAAUGAGUGAGACAAAAGAAGCGCCAGGAGAUAUGGAAGGUACUCAAGACUAUGUGAUCGUCCCAGGUCAGGAGUGGCUCGAUGGAAUUUGCAUCGCACCUGGGAUCGUCAGACAAUUUGUUGCCAUGCCAUUGGGGUCUGGUUAUACUGUCGAGGGUCAGAAGACAGGGCAAGAGAGGCACGGAGGUCUGCAGAUCGAGAUAAUUCCUUCCUUGGAGAGGAACCUGCGCACCUGGAUCAAAGAUCAAAAUGGAUAUCUCAGUGCAUCAGAGCUUCAAGACUAUCUUCAGAACAAUAGCCUCGACGAGUUCAAAACGCCACGUGAGUUAGGGCUUGGAGUGGGCGACACGAUAAGGCUGUACCCACAGGAAGUGUUUGAACUUGUCCCGUCGACAUUGAUUGAUAUGAUUCCAGGAGAACAGUUAGAAGAUGACGCCCCAGCGUUCACCUCGACGUACCACGAUGCCUUCAUUGUUAGUGAUGCUAGACGCAAGAACAAGCAGAAGAAAAAGAAAUCUAUCUCUCUUUCUUUUGACUCUUAUAGAACUGGAACUAUUACGGAUGACGAUGGCAGCUCUGUUGGAGAAAAAGACCUUUGGUCCAUGGGAAUGUCUGACGGGAGGAUAACCUUAGGGGAGACCUCUUAUGAACAAAUUUGGGAAACCCCUAUGGGGCAAAUUGAAGAAGCCACUUCGCACAUGAGAAUUGCUGAUGGGAUUGCUAACCUUCAGGAUCUACUGGCCCCUGAUGAAAAAAUCGGUGGAUCCUCUUUUGAGCAAGGUGAACCAAUACAAGAAGCAUCGCAGGCAGAAAAGAAACCCACGAUCACGACCAAAGACCUCAAAGCAAUGGGGCUCGCCGCGGGCGGCAAGCUAGUGCAAGACAUCUAUCGCGACUGGCAUCCAGCGCACAUCUGGAAUACAAAAGCAACGAGGCUCGUGCAUGUUCACAUCCUGGACCCGGCUUCCUACGAAGCCGUCACCCACAUCGUCCCGCCGCCGCCACCGAUCGAUGCGAUGGGCUACAUUGAAGAGGGCGGUUCUUUCUUCGUGGUGGAAGAGCAACCCGAGAAUCGCGUUGAUGGGGGAGACUUUGACAACGUCAAGUCUGUCUCUGCGAUGGAUAAGGAUCAAGGCGUGAGGACCGAGCCGUCGCUCGAUCCAACUCAACCGACCCGUGUCCGUCCAUGUGAUCAUCAGUUCUGCAACGUCUGCGUCCGUGAAGUCGACCCGACGUCGUCCAUCACCGGCUCCUUCGCGUCAGUGGAGCCAUGGUCGGGAGACAAAUGGUUUUGUCCGACAUGUAAGGCGGCAGUGUCCUACGUCGCGGGAUUCUCGGCGCCCAUGAACCUACCCGGAGAAGAAAGCGUCAAGGUCAGGCUGCCGGUCCAUGUGCUCGAGAUCAAGGACGGGAGAGUUGCGUUUAAGAGUAUUCGGCAAUUUAGGAUCUGA